AUGAGCAGCCAGUACACGCGUGAUCAAGCAAUUUGCAUGGCCUUCUACGUGGUUUACACUGAUGAAAAUAUGAAGAUUUACAAAAAGAAAAUUGAAGAAUUAGAUUCCUUUGAAAUUUGCUGGACAGAGGUCGAUAUUCAAGAAAAGCGACAAUUAAUUGAACUUGUGACAGAAGGUCAAGCUAAACAAUUUAUCAAUGAAGUGUUUAGUCCAAAAGAGCACGAAAAUGAAGAAUUGUAUUCAAAACAAACGGUAUCAACUGCAUACGUAUAUGAGAUUGUCAAGCAACACACAGUGUUUUUCGGUUCUAGAACCGCUCAAUCAUUUGCGACUUGGUGCCGAAACAAAAAAGUAGAUUUUUUGACUUCAAAAGAAAAGAAGGGAAAGAAGAUAAGUAGAGAUUUAUUUAUCUUGGACGAACGUUGUUAUGGUAAAAAAUAA